CCCUCCAUGGAGUUCGGGCUGCUCAGCGAGGCGGAGGCCCGGAGCCCCGCCUUGUCGCUGUCGGACGCCGGCACUCCCCACCCGCCACUCCCAGAACACGGCUGCAAGGGCCCGGAGCACAGCGACUCAGAGAAGGCCUCCACGUCGCUGCCCGGCGGCUCCCCCGAGGACGGCUCGCUGAGGAAGAAGCAGCGGCGACAGCGCACGCACUUCACCAGCCAGCAGCUGCAGGAGCUGGAGGCCACCUUCCAGAGGAACCGCUACCCCGACAUGAGCACCCGCGAGGAGAUAGCCGUGUGGACCAACCUCACCGAGGCCCGCGUGCGGGUGUGGUUCAAGAACCGGCGCGCCAAGUGGCGGAAGCGCGAGCGCAGCCAGCAGGCCGAGCUGUGCAAGGGCGGCUUCGCGGCGCCGCUCGGAGGGCUGGUGCCGCCCUACGAGGAGGUCUACCCCGGCUACUCGUACGGCAACUGGCCUCCCAAGGCGCUCGGCCCGCCGCUCGCCGCCAAGACCUUCCCGUUCGCCUUCAACUCUGUCAACGUGGGGCCUCUGGCUUCGCAGCCCGUCUUCUCGGCGCCCAGCUCCAUCGCCGCCUCCAUGGUACCCUCGGCCACCGCCGCCCCGGGCACGGUGCCGGGACCCGGGGCCUUGCAGGGCCUGGCCGGGGGUCCCCCCGGGCUGGCCCCGGGCGCCGUGUCCUCGGGCGCCGUGUCCUGCCCUUACGCCUCGGCCGCCGCAGCCGCCGCUGCAGCCGCCUCCUCCCCCUACGUCUAUCGGGACCCGUGUAACUCGAGCCUGGCCAGCCUGCGGCUCAAGGCCAAACAGCACGCCUCCUUCAGCUACCCGGCCGUGCCCGGGCCGCCCCCGGCCGCCAACCUCAGCCCGUGCCAGUACGCCGUGGAACGGCCCGUGUGAGCGGCCGCCGCCCGUGGACCGUCUUCGAGGGCGGGGGCGAUCAGCCGCAGUCUCUCUCCCGGACUGGGGUGGCCUAGGCUGGCUUGUCCCUGCUCCCCGCCCCGGCCCAGGGUCUGAGAGGGGGCGCUUGGGCAGCGGGGGGUGUGCCGGGCGGGGUGCGGGGUGGCAGGCUCAAGGGGGGCCAUCCCCUCCCGACCCCGAGGGGCUGAACUGCGUCCCCAGCCCCAGAUCGCGCCCUUGGGACUAAGAGCAGAACAGGGACCAGCUUGCCCGGGAGGUGUGGGGGGGCCGAGACGCCUCGGUCCACGCCGCCUUCUCCAGACUCCCUCUCCCCGGUUUUCAAAGAAAAACGAAAUAAAGGUGCGCGACGGUC